AAAAACAAGCCAUUUUAUCCUCAUCAAGGCUAUACUAAUGGGCGUGCCCGAAGAAAAUCGGAGAGUUUAUUGUGAUUGAAGGGAGACAACUCUAAAAAAAAAACCCACGUCAAACAACUUCCUAGUCAAACCGAAAGUAGACAUUCUAGAUCUGGAGCUGAUGCCGUUUUCCUCAUCAGACACCAACACCUUGCUGGUCCUGGUACAUUUGCGUGCAUCAUAAUGGACAAGUUGGACACAGCGUUUGAUGAAUGGAUGAAGGUAUCGCCGGCCGAGGAUGACGUGGCAGAAGUAAUGGAUAUAUUAAAUAAGAAAAAAGCCGACACCUUUAGGGAGUUGAGGGAUAUCCGAGAGCAUGAAAAGGAUGAAGUGGCCAGCUUGCAGGAAAGACUAAAUCUUCUACGAGGAGAGGGAAAGGGUCAAUCGAAACCCGAUUCGUCGGGCGAGGGGCCUAUUGUGAAGGUAUCUAAUACACUCACGUUGAAACGUGCCGACGUUUUCAAUGAAAUUAAACAAAAAAGAAAUGAAAGGGCUGGUGUGGAAGAGGAGAAAAAAGAAAGCGCCAUGGGGAAAAGUGAAAACGCAGUAUUAGAAAAAGAAGACUCCGAGCUGUUGCUGAAUAUUAUCAAAGUUGUAUUUGACUUCGUUCAUCAGGAACAAAAAGAACAAAUUACGAAGAUCAAAGAACUUCUACACGUGGAGGAACAGUCACAGGCUGAGAGAACUAUAGUCAAUCUUCAGCUGUCACUGGGAUACGAUAUCGAGAAGGUGUUACUGAAGACAUUUUUUGAUGAGAUUUGGGCAGACAAAAUAUGUCAACCUCACUCCUCGUCCUCCCUGGCAUCUUAUCUUAACGGGAUAAAAGAUGGAAAUGGCGCAAUGGGAAAAUUCGUCUCUGCUUGUAUCCAGCUUGUGUGGCGUAUGCUGCUGGAAUCACCACCGUUGGAGUUUUGUUGGGAACAAAUACCAUCUCAUUAUAGAUACUACAAUGGCGUACGAGGAAGAUUCCUUCCAAGCGACCGAAUUAUAGUCCCCGCCAUAGCUGUCAAACAGAAUGGUAAACUGAUAAACUCCAUUAAAGGUACUCUUCAGCCAGAGUCCGAUAUUGAAAACACUCGACGAAUGAGUACAGUUAAAAUGUGAUACAGAUGCCCAUACUGAGGAAUAUGCUGGGACAAAUUGAUGUAGUUGUAUAAUUGUGUUCCAUGCCUCAUAAAAAGAUACAGCUGUAUAAUUGUGUACAGUGCCUUACAAGUGCAUUUAGUUGCAUACUUUUGUACAGUGUCUUACAAGUUCAUACAGCUGUAUAAUUGUGUACCAUGCCUUGCAAGUUCCUGUAGCUAUAUAAUGUUUUAAAUCGAGACUCAUUGAACUCUUUCUGUUAAGUUCCCUCUUUACAAAAUGUGUGCCUCUCGGUGAAAUAGUCGAUUAUGACUAUUAGUAUGAUUGGCGUCUGUCUGUCAAUUAUUCUUUGUGAACACAACACCUCCUACAUUUCAUGAUAGAUGUCAAUAUAACUAAUAUAACAUUUGGGGUUUAGCUAGUUUUAUGAGCAACGUUUUUAUUGAUUUUGUGAAUGCAGCGCCUAUAUUCCCCUAUGUGUAUUGAACGACCAUUUCAUUUUGUUUUACUCUUUUAGCUAUUUAUUUUAUUGUCCCUACAUACAUUGUCCAACUACCCAUUCGUCGCUUAUGCAUUUUUCUAUGGUUUUAUUAAGUGAUUCACCGAGCAACGUUUUUUUACAAUAUUGUGUUGCUACCUAAACAUUUCUUAAUUCAUGUAUUUGAAUAAUUGCCGUUAUUUGAAAUUUGAAUAACUUUCAGUGCCCAAGGUUUCGCAACUUGCUUGUAACGUUUUAGUUCAUUUGUCCCUCUAACACAUUUCAGAAAAUACAUGUGUACUUAACGUUUUUUUGAAUUGGAAAUUAUGAAACUCAUGGAGUUAUUGGUCUUUUUCAUCUUCCGCUGUAGAUGAUUUGAACAUUUAUUUCGACCAAUUCCGAGUGUUUUGUCGCCUCCUGCAAUCAACUCAUUCCCAUUGAUGAGUCAUUGAUAUGAUGAAACAUUUUUAUGGUGCAUGUUAGACUCACUUUGACUCUACUGUAUUUAUACUAUUUUUGUAUAUAUAUUUUUUUGAUAGGUACAAAUAUCUCGUGUGUCUUUUGUACAAUUCUUUAAAUCACUCGUUUUCGUGACAACCUACACCCACUCAUACUCAAAACAUCCCACACUUUCCACAACCUCCGCUCAGUCCAUACCUUCUGCGCAUCGUACGCCUUCCCCACUUUCCACACCAUUCUUAUAUUCCCCAAGCUCUCCACAUCAAACCACUUCCCCAAAUUCCACACCCUCUCCACAUUCGGCAACCUCCUCACAUUUCACACCCUCAUCAUAGUCCUCACACUUUAACAUUCCACACACUUUAACAUUCCACACCUUCCUAACAUUCCACACCCUUUCUUAUAUUCCACACCUUCCCAACAUUCCACACCCUUUUAUAUAUUCCACACCUUCCCAACAUUCCACACCCUUUUAUAUAUUUUACACCUUCCCAACAUUCCACACCCUUUCUUAUAUUCCACACCUUCCCAACAUUCCACACCCUUUCUUAUAUUCCACACCUUCCCAAUAUUCCUCAGCAUUGCAUAACUUCCUCACAUAACGUUCCUGCAAUCCGGACGUCUCCGGCGGUCAAGUCGUUUUUACUACUGAAUAUAAAGAGGGAUAACAUUACUAUUCAAUAUUACAGGGGACGGGGGCAUUAUUGAAAUACAAUGCUGUUUGUUUAUGUGUUUUUUAAAUUUUAAUUUUGACGUAAUAAUUGUGUUAUGAGUAUUUACUAAACUAAAUCUGUGUAUUUACGGUGUAAGUCCAGUACAUAUUGAAUCACUUAUUUCAGAGUUGUGAAUGACAGGCUUCUGAUACAGCUGAAUAUAUACAUACUGUUGGUU